UCACUCAAGAACUUUGUUUUAGCUACACAAAUCCAAUACACAGUGACAAAUCAAGGCGCUCUGCAGAUGAUUCUCAAUCGAUACAUGUACUACCUACGAUACACGAGCCGCAAGGGGGCGAGCGGCCAUCGCGCUUGGCGCUGCAUCAAUUAUACGAAGGAGCUCACCAAAUGUCCCGCCGGCGUUAUUACCCAGGACGACGUUGUUGUUAAACGAUACGGAGCACACAAUCACGCAUUUCACGACCAAAAGAUACUAAAAAAGGUGCGCGACAAAGCAGUGUUCUCGACACUCAACGAUGCCGAAAUAAACUGUGUGUCCAAAAAGAGAGAAAGAUGCGAGGACAAAAUAGAACCAACCGUUGUGAAGAAAUCUAAGAAUGAUGAUUCCACUGAUGCUGAAUAAAGUUUAUU